UGAUUUUUCUUAUGAAGUCCCAAAUACAUGCCAAAAUUUCAGAUAAUUGAACACAAUCAUUAUAACUCAGGCUUAUUAAUGUCCUUCAAAGUGGCGAAUCCACGAGAGUUUUUGCCGACGGCGGACGCGGAGGACGAAGAAGAGUUGUCGAUGUUUUCGAGACGACGGCAGGCCGACGAGAUGUCGGUGAUGGUUUCGGCUUUAACACGAGUCAUCGCCCGCGAAGAGCCGAAGGUGGGUGGCUAUUUGGGUUCGGGUUCUUCAACAUCAAUACCACAUUCUUCGCCGUAUGAUGCUUCUCUUCUAUCCGGGCAUUCUGCAUUGGAUGUUGGUGUUGGCAGUGGUGGUUUGAAGAGGGAGAGAGAUGAGGGAAAAACAGAGUCAAUGCUAGGGUAUUAUUCUGGAGCAUCACCCUCCGUCCCUCACUCCACAAUCUCCUCCCAACCUCCAUCAACGCAUGAACAAACACCUUCUUCCCAAACCGAAAUAGAGGGCCAGCCUCGCCGGCGAUACAGAGGAGUUCGCCAACGCCCAUGGGGAAAAUGGGCAGCCGAAAUCCGCGACCCGCAUAAGGCUGCCCGUGUUUGGCUUGGCACCUUCGAUACCGCGGAAGCCGCAGCUCGAGCUUACGAUGAAGCCGCUCUUCGCUUUCGUGGCAGCCGGGCAAAGCUCAACUUCCCGGAAAAUGCGCGUUUACAGCCGCCGGAGAUUGAUUCAAGCGGCCAGAGUAUCACGCCGGACUUAAGUGCUUCGAGGGAUUAUUUGGAGUAUUCGAGAUUGUUGAGAGGUGAUGGACAGUAUGCGAAUCUGGAGUACUCGCGUUUGAAUUCAGCUUCCCCUGUUUCUUCUUCUUCUACUUCGUCGUCUUCUUCCUCUGUUUUGAAUCGUUUUUAUGGAAUGGGAGGGGAAGAAGAGCAGAGGAUGCGGUAUUUGGGGCAGUCGGAGAUUUGGGGAACGGCUUUUCCGGCGAAUAAAUGGGAGGAUUCCGGCGAGCUUCCGCCGCCGUCGUCUUCAGGCUAGAUGGAAAUGAUGAGUAAUUAGCCUUUAUUAUUCAUUAGGGUUUAGUUGCAAGGGAUUUUUUUUUUUAUUUGAUAAUAAGAGGAUUGUAAUUUUGUUUUGCAUUUGUUUCUUUUU